AUGCGCACCAUUUCUAUCCUUCUGCUGGCUGCCGCUGCUUUCGUGGAGAGUGCGUCGUCGUCCACGUCUGAUCCGAAAGCUUUGGUUUCUGCUGAUGUCGGUCCGCACGAUGGGCCCACCGAGACGAGAUUCUUGGAAUCGAAUACGACGGACGAAGCCAGAGCGUUCGGUCUUUCCUUCCUUACGGCUAAAGCGCAGUCCUUCAAAUCAAAGAUGGCGAAGAUCAAGGUUCCUUUCCGUCCGGACGAGGGUCAAGUCUUUGGUGAAAGCGCCAUCCAUCUCCUUCGUCUGAAUCCCAAGGCUCGUGUUACGGAGGGUACCGUACUUCAGUUUUCGAUGUUGUGCCAAGGUAUACGUGCGAGGACGGUCAAGGGCAAGAAUAUGGGCGAGAUUUUGGUGAAAAUGUUGUUGCCUAAAUCGAAUCCCUUUCAACUGUCAGGGUGGCUGCUACGUCUCAAGCGUCAUGGUGCGUCGAAAGAAGCUGACGAAGCAUUUGAGGUACUGAUAAAGAAAUGGGCGACAGAGAUCAAGUCCAUUGACGACGUCUUGACACGACAGAUUGGCAUCCCAUCUAAAUUUGAUGACCUGGGUGCAGUGCUCAAAGUAACGGACAAUAUUGUUAUCGCGGACAAACUCAUCAGCGCCUACAACACUGUCAAGAAGACGAAGCACCCGACUAUUCUAGAGAAAAUGUCUGGCAAACAUGACGACGACAUAGCGCGGUACAUUGCGUCAAUGGACUUCGACGAACCGUUGGUCAGACUUUGGCAAGGUCAUCAAUUUCGAAAAUGGGUAGACGGUAAUGUGCACUUCAACGCCGUUUACAGGAUUCUGGGUCAAAAGAAAGGCGAUCCGGCGUCUGCCAAUCUCGAGGCGAUAGGUAGCCGCUACGAAGCGUUCUACAAGUCUCAAAAAAAGGACAUCUACGGAGCAUAA